AUGCUUUCAAGGAAUAGGACAAGUAUCACUGGAAAGUCACCAUUCCAGCGGAAGCCUUCUAUCAAACCAUCUAAAGCACGUAAAGUGAUUAGACGAUUUCACGUUCUGAUACAGAAGAGGCGGAUUGCAUGCUCUAAACUAGGCUGGGAACUUAUUGAUAACGAUGAAAAGUCAAAUCAACAGCUGAUAAGUGAGAAAUUAAGACAACUUGGGCUGCAAGAGCGGUACAACAUAGGCAUACAAAUUUCCCAUCCUAACCAGGAUAUGGAGCAGAAGUUGCUUGCUAUACAUAAGUACACUGAUCCCACAGAUUUGGUUGCUGUUUUGGGCUAUAUUUCGUCGGAAAUAAAUAGUCUAGGCGGGCUAAAAAACUACCAACACGCAAGCACUGUGGGUCAAGACCCUAACCGCGGCGGAGACUCAUCUAAACGCCUUAUCAAAUGGUUAAAGGAAAUUGACAUUUACAAAAAUAGAAAACCGCGUGCUCUAGAAAUAGGCUCUCUAAGCGCUUCCAACUAUAUUUCUAAGUCUGGGAUCUUCAAUCCUGUCGUCCGUAUCGAUUUGAAUUCCACCGACUCCGAAAACAUCCUUCAACAAGAUUUUAUGGAGCGCCCGCUUCCAAAAUCGGAUGAAGAAGCUUUUGACCUAAUAUCUUGCUCUCUGGUGCUGAAUUUUGUUCCUACACAUCAGCAAAGAGGCAAUAUGAUCAAAAGGUUUCGCCAAUUUCUUAGAAAUGAUGUACAAGCAACCCUACUAUUCAUAGUAUUGCCACGCCCCUGCAUUAAUAAUUCUAGAUACACCACAAGUGCCUACUUUUGCGAGAUGAUGCAAGCUUUAGGCUAUCUCAAGGUCAGGUACCAUGAAACCAACAAACUAGUGUACAUUCUAUUCCAAACAUCUUCUUCCGGGCAGUCCGCAAUCCCCAAUAACAACGAUCUGACCAAAUUUAGCAAGAAGCAUAAGUUGCAAGACGGUCCAGGCAUGAAUAACUUCGCCAUUACACUGUAG